AUGGCCUCUGUUGUAACCUUAAUCAUUUGCAUAGCUAUUACCAUAUCUCAAGCGGUUGCAGCAUCCGAUGAUAACAUCUUGGAGAAAGGCAUUUCAAAUGAAAGCCAGGGCAAGAACUUGACAGAGUUGACAAUGCAACAAAUUUCAUUAGCAAUCCCAUAUUUCAGUGGCAAUGGAGAUCUCAUAAGAAUGAUCAACAACACUAAUAUUGCAGACAACAAACUGGCCUUAUCCGCACUAAAAUCUUGCCAGGAGCUUCUCCCUCUCGCGAUAUACAACCUCAACCGAUCCCUCUCGGCCGAUGUAGACAAGGCCGGAGUGAUGUCCAUGACAUGCGCUGCAGGCACCACUCUGCAGACGUGCAUAGACGGAUUCGAGGAUCAACCACGGGAGAUCUUCGAAUCUGUAUACAACAAACUCAAGUAUCCCAUUGAUCUCAACAGAGGCGCCACCAAACUGAUGGCCGUGUUGAACAAUAAAAGUGAUGUUUUGAUCAAAGAUUCUGAAUAUCCAAGCUGGCUAUCCGACGGGGACAGGAAUCUCCUGCAGGCGGAUUCCACGAUCAAUGCUGACGUUGUGGUGGCCGAAGAUGGGUCGGGGAAGUAUAAGACAGUAAGGGAUGCGGUGCAAAAUGCGCCGAGAAAUAGCACGAAGAGAUAUGUGAUUUAUGUGAAGAGGGGGUCUUAUUAUGAAAAUGUGAAGGUUGAAGCAGAUAUGUGGAAUGUGAUGGUGAUUGGAGAUGGGAUACAGAAUACCUUAAUCUACAGCAACUUAAGCCAUCAAGGUGGAGCCGAGACUUGGGAAACCCCUACCUUUGCCGUUUACGGAGAGGGAUUCAUAGCCCGGGACAUAAAAUUCACCAACACGGCUGGAGCCAUCGGCGAACAAGCGGUGGCCCUCCUCUCGGCCGCAGACCGCUCAGUAUUCUACCGGUGCGGCAUGGACGCCUACCAAGACACCCUCUGCACCCUAGCCAACCGCCAGUUCUACUGCGAGUGCGAAAUCUACGGCACAAUCGACUUCAUCUUUGGCAACGCGGCCGUAGUCAUACAAAGGAGCAGCAUCAUGGUCAGAAAGCCACUCCAAGGCCAAUACAACGUGAUCACGGCCCAAAGCCGGACCGACUCGUAUUCCCAGACCGGGAUCGUGGUGCAAUCCAGCACAAUCCGAGAGUCGGGAGACCUGACGGGCGUGAGAACCUUCCUCGGGCGGCCGUGGAGGCCCUACGCCUCGGUUGUGUUCAUGGAAAAUAUUAUGAAUAAAUUGAUCGAUCCCAAGGGGUGGACACAGUGGGACCCACCCACGACGACAGACACUGUUUUUCUUGCGGAGUACGAUAACCGAGGGGAUGGCGCGGAAACUAAGGAUCGGGUGAAUUGGAAAGGAGUUAACCCUAAACUUAGUGAAAAGGAGGCCGGUUGGUUCACGGUCGGCUAUUUUCUAAACGGGAAUUCCUGGCUACCGGCGACACAAGUCCCCUAUGAUUCGGGUCUUUGA